ACUGAAGGAACAUGAAGUGGAGAAGAUGUUUACCCUCAAGGGAGGGCGCCUCCCCCCUGCAGAUGUCAAAAACAUCAUCUUCUUUGUGCGUCCCAGGCUGGAGCUGAUGGACAUCAUUGCUGAGAAUGUGUUUAGUGACAAGUCAAACUCGCGGGACUACCACAUCCUGUUUGUGCCACGGAGGAGCAUGCUGUGCGAGCAGCGCCUCAAGGAACAAGGGGUCCUGGGUUCGUUCACCAACAUCGACGAGUACAUCCUGGACCUGAUUCCCUACGACGGCGACCUGCUCUCCAUGGAGUCGGAAGGAGCCUUCAGGGAGUGCUAUCUGGAAAACGACCAGAACCUGUACCACACCGCUAAAGGGCUCAUGACCCUGCAGGCGCUUUAUGGCACCAUACCCCAGAUCUAUGGCAAAGGCGAUUGUGCACGGCAUGUGGCCAACAUGAUGCUGAGGAUGAAGGAGUUUGCGGGCAGCCAGAACCAGAUCCUGCCGGUGUUCGACACGCUUCUGCUGUUGGACCGCAACGUGGACCUGCUGACGCCGUUGGCCACGCAGCUCACUUACGAGGGCCUCAUCGACGAGAUCUACGGCAUCACCAACGGUUAUGUGAAGCUGCCACCUGAGAAGUUUGCCCAGAAGAAGCAGGGGGAGGGCAGCAAGGACCUGCCCACCGAGCCCAAAAAGCUGCAGCUCAACUCCGCAGAGGAGCUGUACGCAGAGAUCCGAGAUAAGAACUUCAACGCUGUGGGUGCUGCCCUCAGCAAGACCAAGAUAAUUUCAGCUGCCUUUGAGGAGCGCCACAACGCUAAGACGGUGGGAGAGAUAAAGCAGUUUGUGUCCCAGCUGCCACAUAUGCAGGCGGCCCGUAGCUCCCUGGCUAACCACACCUCCAUCGCGGAGCUCAUCAAGGACCUCACAACAUCCGAGGCUUUCUUUGAUAACCUCACGGUGGAACAGGAGUUCAUGACUGGAGUGGACACAGACAAGGUCAACACGUACAUCGAGGACUGCAUCUCCCAGAAGGACCCUCUGAUCAAGGUCCUGCGUCUCAUGUGCAUGCAGUCUGUCUGCAACAACGGCCUCAAGCAGAAGGUGCUGGACUUCUACAAGAGGGAAAUCCUGCAGACUUACGGUUAUGAGCACAUGCUAACUCUGAACAACCUGGAGAAGACGGGGCUCCUGAAGCUACAGACCAACUCGAGGAACAACUACCCCACCAUCAGGAAGACCCUGAAGCUGUGGAUGGAAGACGCAAACGAGCAGACCCCCAACGACAUCAGCUACGUGUACAGCGGCUACGCCCCUCUCAGCGUCCGUCUGACCCAGGUCCUGGCCCGGCCCGGCUGGCGCAGUAUCGAGGAGGUGCUGAAGAUGCUGCCCGGGCCUCACUUUGAGGAGAGGCAGCAGCUGCCCGCCGGGCUCCACAAGAAACGCCAACAGGGGGAGAACCGCACCACGCUGGUGUUCUUCCUGGGCGGGGUGACGUACGCCGAGAUCACCGCCCUGCGAUUCCUGUCGCAGAUGGAAGACAGCGGGAUGGAGUACAUCAUCGCCACGACCAAACUCAUCAACGGCAAAAGCUGGAUCAACUCCCUCAUGGACCACCCGGAGACGCAGAUCCCCUGAGUCACGGCUAGCCUGGGGGGGGAGCACUUCACACCUGGCCACAUCAAGCCCCUCGGCCUUUCUCAGUCUGGCCCUUCUGUGUGCUGCAGGUGUCCGAUUGAAGUCGGUCCCGCCGAUGGCAGAACAGGUGUAGCGUGUUAGGUCACACGGGUCAUUGUUCUCAAGCCACACGAGAGUCCGACUCCGCUUUGUGUUGUUCUGUACGUCCGAUGGUCUGAUAGUCCCCUCGAUACGUUGGGUUCUCUAAGGUUAUCACUCUGGGCUGUUGAGCAGCGAUGGAUACUGUAUAUAUGUUAAUAAAGGAUUGAGGGAGCGUUUGGAAAAUGUAAUGCGCUUGCGAUUUUUUUUCCAAUAAAAAUAACUAAUAACAA